UCACCGAGACCUACAGUCCGACCAGCAGAUACCUUCGACCGGCGAACCCUUUCAGAGGCAGGACUGCCUGUGGUUUCGUCACAAUAUCCUUGUCGAGGCCUUCUGGCAGACUAUCGCUGCUAUCUUAGUCUUUGCGACAUAGUAUUACCCAAUGGGCCUCUGGCAGAACGGGGACGAAACCGUCCUUGUCUCCCCGAACAACCUCCUCCGGUUCUGGAUCUUUAUCUACCGCGUCUCCCCGCUCACCUACUUCAUCAACGGCAUAGUUUCCGCUGGCCUAGCCAACGCGCACGUUACUUGCUCCGCGGUCGAGACACUAUCGAUCCCCCCGCCAGCCGACUUUAUAGGCAUAUGCGGUCAGUAUCUCGCCCCGUAUAUUGCGUCGGCAGGGGGCUAUAUGGCGAAUCCCGAGGUCAACGCCGGUUCCGCCGGCCUGGGGGGACUCAGAGGCGGCGCCGCGGCGUGCUUAUACUGCCCUGUGUCGGACGUCAAUGCCGUGCUGCAGCAACUGGGGAUAGAUAUGGAUACGGGACAUGCGUGGCGAGAUACAGGGUUCUUGGUUGCGUAUAUCGUCUUUAACGCCUUGGCUGUAUUUGGGGUUUAUUAG